UGAGUGAAAAAAUAACCUCUAGUUUGCACAGUUUUUUAUUUUUAUUAUCAUGGUUUGGUGAAAAACAAUAUACAGUUUUCAAGUAUUCCCUUUUCUAGUGAUACUUAGGCCUAGCUAAGCUGAAGAUAGCAAAAUGCAACUCGAAUGUUUAGAACUCGCUGGGUGCACCCUUGACCGCUAUAUAAACGCCGAUAACUCCCGCCCUUCCUUCCUUGAGUUAACUGGUAUAUCUGCAAAAGGAAGUCCAACAUGCAGUGGUCUAAACGCUGGAGAUUACAGAAAUUUAGCUGCUCUUCUCAACCACCCGAAUCUCUCUCAACUAAAGAUUAUAAACAAAGUUCCAUUGCCGCCAGAAAUAAUGGAUCAUUUUGCACAUAUGCAGUGUCAUUGUUUGACAGGAGCUUUUCCAGAAAUAAGUCGAGUGUGGCUCGCAAUAGAUAGCAAUAUAUAUGUGUGGGCAUUUGAACACGGCAGCGAUGUGGCAUACUAUGAUGGGUUGAGUGAAACUAUAAUCAGUGUGGGCUUGGUAAAGCCUAAGUCGGGUGUUUUCCAAAGUUUUGUAAAAUAUUUACUUGUACUGACAACAACUAUCGACAUCGUAGUUCUAGGUGUCACUUUUUCAAGCAAUAAACAAGAUGGCAGUGCAGAGUUUGAAGAAAUCCAUUUAGUGCCAGAGCCUGUAUUUGUGUUACCUACUGAUGGUGUGUCACUGUUAUGUGUAAAAUCUACUUCUAAAGGCAGAAUAUUUAUGGGCGGCAAAGAUGGCUGUUUGUAUGAAAUUACUUAUCAGGCACAAUUAGGAUGGUUUGGCAAACACUGUAAAAAAAUCAACCAUUCUACCAGCACACUGUCAUUCCUAGUUCCUUCAUUUCUCAAUGCUGCUUUGUAUGAUGAAGAUUCCAUAGUUAAAAUUGAAGUAGAUAACACUCGCCAUAUUCUGUACACAUUAAGUGGAAAGGGAUGUAUAGAGGUGUUCGACUUGGGUAGCGAUGGUGAAAGUUUAACUAAAGUAGUGAGAUUGAGUCAAGGAAAAAUUGUAUCUUAUGCAAUGGACAUUGCCAAAACAUUAGAACCAAUUGUCUUCAAGCCAGUCAUUGCAAUAUCUGCAGUGGAGGAAACUGAGUCUAAUUACCUGAACUUGGUAGCUGUCACACAGUCCGGAGCUAGACUGUAUUUCAGUACAGGAAGUGGCGAUGGUGAAAGGCCUCAGUAUCUAACUCUGAUGCACGUGAGGAUGCCGCCUGGCUUCACGCCUACUAAUUCUGUCCUGAAACCGAAGCAAGUUCAAAGUGCUGUUUAUGACAAUGGCACUCUAGUAAUGGUGUGCUCAUCCGGCGGCGGCGACGAGGCGGACUCGCUGUGGUGCUUGUCGCGCGUGCUGCCCGGCGCCGGCUUCAUCGAGGCGCACACCAUGCUGGCUAUAGACGGGGCAGCUUGCGCGCUUACCGCGCUGCCGCCCGUGCACGCCGCGCAUCUCUCGCCCGCGCUACUCGCUAAAAGAGAAGUGUGGUCGUCGUCUCGCUGGGCGGUGGUGAGCGCGUGGGGCGCGGCGCUACUGUCGGCGGGCGCGGCGCCCGACCUGCUGCGCGCGCUGCUGAGGGACUGCCGCGGCCCUGAAGCGCAGCCCGUUAAGGAAAUGUUCCAGCUCCACGGCGCGGACCAGGCGUGCGCGUGCGCGCUGUACCUCGCGUGCGAGGACUCGGGCGGCGACACGUCCGUCAACGAGUGGGCAGCGCGCGCGUUCCUGCUGUACGGCGCGCAGCCCGCGCCCGCGCCGCACUUCCCACAGAACUCGCAAGCGCCUUCGUCCGUGGGUUCUCCAAAAUUCGUACCACGUCAAGUGUCGACACCAAUGGCGCCCCGACCACAAGACCAACUGAGGCAAGGGCAAAUGAACCAAUCCUACCAGGGGCAUAUGAACCAGACGGUGAUGCAGAACCAGUCAUUCAUGCCAUCAUUCCAACAGAGUCCCACACAGUUCAGUCAGGCCUCCUUCAACGUCUCCCAGACGAGGGACAAUUUCCCCACACAAGAGUUUAGCGCGAAACACAAUGGCCUGUAUAUCUACGUGGGAAGAAUCCUAUACCCCAUCUGGAAUUUGAAGUGUGUAACAAAAUCUAUGACUCCAGAUGAUAAAGAGUUUAUGUCGAGCAAGGUGACAGGUGAAGACUGUGCGUACAUCGCAAAGAAACUCCAAAGAGUGGCCGCCUUCGUGCAGCGGCUCAUGGCUCCACCACAUUCUGAUGAGCAAGCUUCUCUACACGCCUUGAAACUCUUCAUCACGAUGUCAAUAGAAAUGUUAAGCCUGUGGAAGGUUCUCUGCGAGCACCAGUUCCACGUGAUAGCAGCCAGCUUGCCACCAGAACAGCAAAGCGCCUUGCAAGCGGCAAGUUUCAGGGAACUGCUGGUGGGCGGGCAAGAAGUCGCGUCGCUCUUACUGGGAUCGCUUGUAGCUGGCUACUUGAGAGACAACGCAUCUGUUGAUGGGAUCUCGCAAAAGCUGAGGCAACUCUGCCCAACGUUGUAUAGGCAAGAAGACGCCACUUGCUCUAAAGCUAAUGAAUUAUUGAUAUUUGCAAAGCAACAAAAGAAUCCUGCAGAGCGUGAAGAAAUGCUUCAACAAGCUUUGAAGCUUUGUAAGGAUGUAGCACCAAACGUGAACCUGCCGCUGGUGUGCUCGAAGCUGGUGGCGGCCGGCUUCUACUCGGGCGUGGUGGAGCUGUGCGUGGCGUGCGCCAGCAAGCUGGACCCGCAGGACGCGGCCGUCUACUACUACAAGAGUGAUCAGCCCUCGCAGGACCGGGAGGGCCAUCUCAUGUACUACAGAAGGAUGGAGAUCUACCGCGAAGUGUGCCUCGCCCUAGAGCGGCUGUACGAGCGCAGCAGCGACGCCAACGGCUCGACGACGCAACCUGACGCGCACCACACGCUGUCGCCCGCGGACGCUAACUACCAGGGCAGACAGCUGGUUUGGGAUUGCCUAUGUCGAGAUGAUGAGCUGCUACAUGUAGCUAUCUAUGAGUGGCUUGUUUCCAAAAACUUAGGCUCAGAGUUGUUGUCCUUGAGCGGCGCGCCGCCCGCGUCGCUGCGCACGUACCUGUCGGCGAUGGCGCGGCAGGCCCCGGCGCCCGCCUCGCUGCUGCUGCUCGACCUGCUGUGGAAGGUGCUGGAGAAGGCGGGCGACCCCCUCGUCGCCGCGCACGUGCUCGAAGGCCUCGCCACAAAGCCCGGUACGGGCGCAACGCUGGCGCAGCGCAUAUCGUGGGUGUCGGCGGGCGUGGUGUGCGUGCGCGGCGCGGGCGUGCGCGCGGCCGGCGGCGCGGAGCUGCUGCGGCGGCUGGAGGAGGCGGCGGAGGUGGCGCGCGUGCAGGCCGCCGUGCGCGCCGCGCUGCGGGCCGCGCCCGUGCCGCCGCCGCACCACCUGCUGCAGCGCCUCGACGACGAGCUGCUCGACAUCACGCAGUUAUACGAAGAAUACGCGGAUCGCUACAACCUGUGGGAGUGCAAGCUCGCCAUAGUGCAGUGUUCUGGGCACAACGACGCGCUGCUGGUGGAGAACAUCUGGAGCAACAUUCUGGCGGACGCGGAGGCGGCCGCGCGACCACUGCCCUGCGCUGACGAGCGACUCGCAUCUGUGCUCAGCAAACUGAAUACGAUGGGGCGAGAGUACGUCAACACUGGCCACUGCUUCCCGCUGUAUUUUAUUGUUCGCCAAUUAGAAAUAAUGAGCUGUAAGUUGCAAGCUGAGAAGAGUAUGGUGUUUAGAACAAUUUUAAAUAUUGGAGUUUCAUUGGAGCAAGUUCUGGAUAUUUAUAUUAAACUGGUGAGCGUGAACGAGCGCGUGUGGCUCGGCUGCGGCGACGAGUCGCACGUGUGCGCCGCGGCCGCGCUGCUGCUGGAGGCGGCGCGCGCCGAGCUGUCGCCGCUGCCGCCCACGCCGCGCCGCCGCGCACUCGCGCGCUGCAAGGACCUGCACGAGGCCACGCUCUCCGCCCUCCAGAGUCGACCAAAUACGCAAGAGCUGAUCGAUAAGCUAACAGUGGCGCAGGCGCAUCUGGACCGAUUAGAUUAAUUUACCGCAUCUUGCAUGGACCACAAUAUAUUCGUUUAAGGCUGCCAGUCCACUGAAACGGAGCAAGGCAGCGGAGCCGAGAAACAGAGAAAUAACCAAUAGGAUUGCACAAAAUCUCCGCUCCUCUUAAGUGAACAGGGACUUGCGAGCUAGUUUAAAAAUUCAUAUAAAACAGGUAAGCGGAGCGUGGAUACGGAACGGGGUUAAGUAAAUUAAAUUUAAAUUUUGCUCCGCAACCUCCGGUGGACAGACUCAACUCCGCUCUGCAUUAGUCCGAUUCUCCGCUACGCUCCCUCAUUCCGCUUUGAUGGACCGGUGGCCUAAAUCAGGAGUUCCUAACCAGUGGGACGUCACUGGUAGGAAGGGAUCUAUUGACCCUUGGCUCAACGCAUAAAAGGUUAGGAAAAUCGUUUAAAUAAUCAAUAAUGCGAUAUUUAUUAAACAAUUCAUUCGAAAGAACAAUCGGGAUCCUCAUUUAGAAAAUAGGCUCUUUGUGUCACUGUUUAAUUUUUAUUACAUCAGAAGACCCCAGCAAGUAAGUUGAACCCAUUUGAUAGUUGGUAUUUUGGUAACAUAAAAUUUAUACAAUGAAAUGACCGGAAGAUCAAAGAAAUGUGUUCGCAUAGUUCAACUUCAAUUACAGGCCACUUAUAGUGCGACACAAAAGUGUAGAAAAUAAAUUUAUAUAUUUUUUUCAUUAUUUUAUAUUGAUCUGUUGAAAAUAAUUUAUUAUCUAAUAUAAAUAAAUUAAUAAAUAUAUUUCUGAGAGGAGACUCGAGCUCAGCAGUGAGCCGAAUAUGGGUUGAUAAUGAUGAAUGAAAUAUAUUGAGAAAAUAGUUACUAUCUAACCCCGAAGUAAGCAUCAUGUGUUAUGGGUACUAAGAUAGCUAAUUUCAUGAUUUAUAUGAUUUAAACGUAAUUAAAUUCUAGCCAAUCCUCAUCUAAAUAAAUUAUAUUUAUUGUAAUUCGUCUGGUAAUUGUUCGAAUUUCCAAAAUUAAUUUAUAAUCUGAUAAAACUAUCAAUAAUGAUUGGUUGCUCUAUAAUAACAGAUCUUUGUGAUAAUUACAGUAAAUGUGGUGUUGCCACAGUGAAUUUAUUAGUUCCAUUUUUAUUAACUUCUACUCUUUUGUGUCACACUUUAUUAUGUUUGAAAAUUAAGACAUGUUUUAUCGUUUAACUUAAUUGAACUUUGUCGUGAGCCAUCCACAAUGGCUCUAAUUUCAUAUGGUUCCUACAGUAUUGUUUUAUUAUGUUAACAGAGAAGUAAUAAGAAAACGGUUGUAGCACAAAAAAAUAUGACUUUUUUUUGUUUGAUGGCUUCGCAAAAGAAAGGAGAGUCUCUUUAAGGCUUUUUAAUUUUGAUAUACAUUUUACUUAACCUAUUACUAAUAUCGUCAGAUAUCACAAACCAUUUGUCUUUUUACUUCUUUGUAUACGGCGAUAUGCCGACCAAACUGGUCCAAUGAAAACACAUUAUUUUAUAUUGCAAUGUGACGUAAUCGGGUUAUUUUAUAAUGAAACACAUUAUUUUUGACAUCAGAUGUUUUAAUGUAGGUAUUAUUUAUUAAAUCUAUUCCAGUACAAUUACAAAAAUUUUCUUACUAUUUUUUUUAACUUAAUUAAACGUAACAUGAUUUGUAAAACUAAUAUGUUAUAUGUGGCAGUGACUGAUAAAUUAAUCGAAUCUGUUAUAAUUUCUUAGUUUAAGUGCUAUUUACAUUCGGAACAAUGCUGUAUUAAUUACUUAGUUCUAAUUAUGUGCAAGUGAUAACGUACGUUAAACGAUUCUGCUAGCCGGAAUCGGUUGUGAUUUCUAUUUUUGUAAAUAAAAUAUCAUUGUGCCCA